CGGAACAAACACUAGCCCAUCACCGCAUCCCACCCAACCUCCCGUUCCUCUCCUGUACCAAGCCCUCUUCCAAGUCUCACGUAGAGAGUCCUGCCCUCCUUCAGGUAAUCCGAAGAUGGCAUGGAGGCAAAUAUUAUUCAGCACAAGAGCUAUUUUGGAACCAUAUUCAACAACCGGGUCUGCCAAAUUCUCCACCAAAUCAAACCCAUACCUAGUGAAGGUUGGAAUACCAGAGUUUCUGAAUGGAAUUGGCAAUGGUGUGGAAUCCCAUGUGUCCAAGCUUGAAUCUGAGAUUGGUGAUUUCCAAAAGCUGCUUGUCACUCGUACUCUCAAGCUGAAGAAACUUGGCAUCCCUUGCAAACAUAGGAAGCUGAUCUUGAAAUACACCCACAAGUAUAGACUGGGACUCUGGAGGCCUCGAGCUCAAGCGGUCAAAUCCUAGUUAGAUUACGAGUGGUGUGUGACCUAGUUAGAUUAGGAGUGGUGUGUCAUCUACACGAAGAUUUUGUCUGCUGCAAGAUGUUAUUGGCAGACACUUUAUGUAUGGAGCUGUGAAAGAAGAGAGUUUGUGCGGUCAAGAUAUUCUAUUCUUUCUUCACCCUUAUUUAAGGUUUCAUGAGAAAGCUUAUUGAGCAAUCUACCUUGGUAAUUUCACCAGCCCUUGCUGUGUCUUUGUUGUCAAAUUGUUAAAACUCGUAGCAAAUGGUUUAGGAAGCCUACAAAAUAUGAUGGUAUUGAAGCCUCAAGUGUUUGUGGUUUGUUAAACCCAUUAUCUGUUUUCAACAUACAUUAUUUCAAAAUGUCUUUACUCAA